AUGCCUACUAAAAAGGUUACUCCAAAGUCUGAAUUUAAAUAUUAUGGUCAAAAAGUUAAAGAAUUAUCCAUUUCAAAUUCUGGUGCAAUAGAAAUACACGGAGACGAUUUAAUAGGACAAAUUAGUAUUUUUCAAAAUAUCACCUUUGAAGACACAUUUGAGGUUAAUGAUCAUGAUAAAUUCAUCGCUAUCAAACGGAAAGUACUGAAAAGUGUAUAUCCUGAAGGUAAGUAA